UUUACGAUGGCCAGGAUCGCGAUACUUUGUUUGGCCCUCGUGGUCAUUGCUACCGUUCAAGCGGCACCAGGUUACAGUAAAGGCCACACCGGUGGAGGUGGAUUAGGUGGUGGCGGCGGUGGUUUUGGCGGCGGAGGUUUUGGAGGCGGGGGUGGUUUCGGAGGUGGAGGAGGUGGAGGUUUUGGAGGUGGCGGUGGUCUGGGACACGGAGGCGGCGGUGGUCUCGGUGGAGGUUUGGGAAAAGGCGUCGGCGGCGGAGGAGGUGGUUUUGGUGGUGGUGUCGGCGGUGGUCUUGGUGGAGGUGGAAGCUUCAGUGGUGGAAAACACAAAGGUGGAUAUGGACGCUAAACUCACAAGAAUGGCGCGCAGCAAUCACCUCCUGGCUUACAAAAUUAGCAAUCUCGUUGUGAUAUCAAAUUAGUGAUCUAUUCAUAAUAUUGUUUGUAUUGUAUUCAAAUAUAGCAAUAAUUAUAUUUUA